UUCGAUCGCGUCGCUGUUGAGGCGAAAACUCUUCCUUCAGCGAUGAAGCGCAAGCUCACUGCUAAACAUGUUUCAGAAAUCGAAGAGCAAUCGCUCUGUUUCAGGCGGAAGCAGCUCCGAUCGCAGCUCAGUCGCCGGCGGCGGCUUCACAUCUCACCUCUCGUUGUGUUUUCCGGAAACGAGUCACAUUUUGCAACAGUGAGUGAGGUCUCGUGUGACUCUAGCAUCGCCUCGGUGAGCAAUCUGAAUCCGCCGGAAACUCAGGACAAGUGUCAGAGAAUUGUUACUAGAUCAUAUUAUAGGAAGAAUUUUAAGAAUGCGAGCAGAAAUCAAGAUGAAGCGGUGGAGUUAUCGGAUGUUUCAUGCGUGGAAUCGUGUUCGGGAACGAACAGAGACUUGAAUUUGAAGAGUUCGAAUGUGGAAGAACUAGAAGUUGGAGUCGGGGUCACCAAAUCUGAAGUUUCUAGCGCUUCGCGGUUUUCGUUUCCCGCGAACGACGCGACGGUGAAGGAGAAUGAGAGCUCUGCCGGAACUACUCAAAGCGAGGUCGUGUUUGAAAUUCCUGGCGUUAACGAGAUUUCCUGCGAAGAAAUUACAGCUUCCGAAGCUGAAAGGGAUAAUUCAGCUAAAAACGGUCGCGUAUUACUCAAUUCCGCAGCGAGAGCAACCAAAAUCAGUGAAAGUGGAGACGCGUCUGAAGAAAUCCGACCUCCAAACCUCGUCGCAUUCGACUUCGAUUUAGCUUGCUCGGAGCAGUUCUCCAGCGGCGGCGUUACUAAUGGUGGUGAAGAAGUAUAUGAUGAAGAGGAGCAUAACUCCUCGUCGUCGGGAAUUUUUUUUAUGGUUUCGGAUUCUGAAUUCAGUUCCGACUAUACGCCAUCAAUAUGGAGUUCCUACUCCGGAAGUCAAUUUUCCGAGAGGUCGUACGGAGAUGAGAGUUCUUCGCCUACGUUUGAGUUAUUCGGGCAAUUUAAACAGCAGUUCUGCAGAUCGACCUCUUCCUUUAAAGACUAUGAUGAUCGUAAUUCGGAUGAAAUCAAUGGAUUGGGGCUAGAAGAUGAAGAAGAUGAAGAGAGCUUCAAGAUGAUGAGGAUGAGAGAGAGGAGGCGAGAAUAUGUGCAUGAUUAUGCAGAAGAAUACUGUAAUGAUACUGCCUACGGAGACCUAGUCAUUCAGCAGCGAUUGCAAAUGGUCCACUGGAUUGUCGAGCAAGCUACCAAGACUGAGCUUCAGCAGGAAACCAUGUUUCUAGGAGUUAACCUUCUCGACAGAUUUCUUUGUAAGGGAUACUUCAAAAGCGUGAGAAAUCUUCAGAUUGCUGGCAUUGCGUGCCUCACUCUAGCCACCAGACUUGAAGAAAAUCAACCCUACAACUGUGUCCGGAAGAAGUCGUUUUACGUCGGUAGCACUAUAUAUACCCGGUGUGAAGUGGUGGCUAUGGAGUGGCUAGUGCAGGAAAUCCUCAACUUCAAAUGCUUCCUUCCCACCGUGUACAACUUCCUCUGGUUCUACCUUAAAGCUGCAAAAGCUAACGAGAACGUAGGGAAGACAGCCAAAUACCUAGCAGUACUCACACUGAUGGGCCACCAGCAGCUCUGCUAUUGGCCAUCAACUGUGGCAGCUGGACUCGUUAUUAUUGCUUCAAUUGCCGCGGAUCAAGAUGCUUCCUGCCACCUAGUCACAAAGAUUCAUGCAAGACACAAUGAUAAAGAUUUACCAGAAUGCAUUAAGAGUAUGGAAUGGUUGGUGAAGUACCUGUAGUAGCUGUAGGCUUGUAGCAUUCAUGAACAAAUUUUGAAGGCCAAUAACUUUUGUGCAGUAGUAUCAUUCUUUCAUGUAUACAGAUCGUCAUAAACAGCCAAUACAAGCAACAUUGUAAAUCGGAAUAGAAUUUGUAAGCAACACAAUACAUUCUUACUGUAAGCAGCCCCUGAUAACUGUAGGGUGAUGUUAUUCUUUUCAACUCAUCAUAAACUACUUACCACUCA